AAUACAUCACCUGACGCUCGUUACAACCCAACAUGAAGCUCACUCUUGGUCUUUUGGUGGCCCUUGUCGCCACUGUCUUACCAACCUCGGCCGCUCCCAUUCGUAUCAUCAAUCUCUCCAGCGGAGAAAUCACCACCGUUCAAUCAUUCGACACUCCUCCUCCUAACCUCCUCCGUAUUCCCGUAUCAUCCGAAGACACCCACAAUGAAGGUGACGACGCUAUCCGAUUUCAACCGAUGCCAUUCCGUCGACCAUGUCCAAACCAUCGAAUUCCUUCUGGUCCUCUAGGAUCUUUGUUAGCUAAAUUCGGUCUAGGACCCUCUCCGAGUCGUUGGGAACAAGUUGCAAAAGAGGUCCACGCUCAUUCUCGUCCCGAAGGUGGGAUGAUGGCAAAGAUGUCUGAAGGAUGGAGGGCGCAUGUGGAGGAUAUGGUUCGUCAAGCUCAAGACAAAGUGGUACCGAUCAUGGAAGGAGGUGGUGUAAAGAUUCUUCCUUUUGUACCUGAACAACGAGGGAAGGAUAAGAUGAUGAAUAAUGGACAAGGCUUGGAAGGUCAUGACGGAUGGCAUAAGAAACAUGGUCAUGGUUAUGGUCAUAUGCACGGACAUCAUCAUGCUCCUACUUUCUCCGGAAGACUUCACAGAGCCCUCCACCAUCUCUCACCAGCCGAAGCUAUCGCCAUGGCAUUCGUCCUCGGUGCAGGUCUCGGAUCGAUCCUUCACUUCUUCUUCAUGCUCUUCCUUCUCUCCCUCCGUCGUCUCAGGGGAGGAUGCAAAUCCCGAGAAGAACGUCGUGCUGCUCGUGCUGAACGUCGAGCUUUACGUAAAGCUCGUAAAGCUGGUCGAGUGGCUUUGCCCGUCACACCGAUUGAAGAAGGGGAAGAGGUGUUACCAGCUUAUGGAGAUGUAGAGACUGAUAAUCUUGUUGAGAAGGCUUGAGGGAUGAGUCGGAGAUAUAUCUAUCGUGUGGAAGCUUUAUGUACGUUGUGUGUAGAUUUGGAUGAAUUGUAGAUUUCUGGAAUGCAGAAUG